AUGGGAGCUACCAUACCGUACGACAUACCAGGCGUAUACUCUGCGCAGCGGAGCGAUGUUGAGGUCAAUGUAGGGCACGAGAAGAGGGUUCAGCGGCGCUGCUUCCCUUUCCCCCUCUCCGCCACUCUCCGCCCGUUUUCCCCCGACCAGAGCUUCCCCCCCGAGCGCGCAGAACUCCGCCGUGCGCUGGCGGAAGAGGCGCAGCCUUUGUUGCGACUUAUUAGAGCCUGUGCAGCCGUUAAGAGCGUCAUGCCUGCUGCAGUCACUACUAAUGGGGAUGACGCCACUAGGACAGGUGCGGCUACUAACGAGGAUGAGGCCACUAAAGCCGUUCUCGAGUCGCUCGGCGAUCUCCCACCCACCUCCUUCCUCGCACCUUCCUCGGACCUUUCGCAGCAGCUUCGCACCGCCGUGAAGGCGCUCUUCGACUCCGGAAUGUCCAACCUGGACGCCGCGAAGGGCGCCGCAUCCGACGCCGCAUCUGGCGGAGGAAAAAAAGGAGCGUCCGGGUUUACGAAAUCCCAGUCGUUAGUCCCGGAGAGGAAGCUUCCUGGGCUCUUCGUGGACGGAUUCGAUUCCGAGCAGAUCUGGUGCCAGCUGGACCUCGCUUUGGCGCCGACUCUUCCCCGCAUUCGGCGGCGGCUGAAGCGGGCGGAGGAGCUCACGGAAGGGAAGGCGGUAGUUCGGGGGGAGGAGUUUUUUAGGGUUCCGAAGCUUGUCAGGGGGAAAGGCGGAAAGGGGAAAGGUGGACAAGUGGGGAGGGAGGGAAAGGGGAAGGAGAUGGAGGAGAAGGGGGGGAAGUGGGGGGAGGGGGGAAAGGAGUGGGAGGGGGAAGAAGGGGGAGGGGACGAGGAGGGGAGUGAUGAAGACGAACGGGUACAGGGUUUAGGGUUGGGGGGUUUGGAAGGGGAGAGUGGAGAGGAGGGAGAUGAGGGAGGAUUGAUGGGUUCUGAGGAGGGGGGUGAGGAUGGAGAGGAAGACGAGGAUGAAUUGGCUUUGAUGGAAGAGAUCAAGAAAGUGAGGAGAGAGGAGGAAGAGGAGGAGGGUGAGGGAGAGGAGGAGGAUGGGGAGGAGGAGGAUGAGGAGGGAGCGUUUGAUGCACUCUACAGGUCAGGGUCGCCUGGUGGGGGGGAGGAGGAGGAGAGCGAGGAGGGGGAUGAUGGAGACGAGGUAAGGUGCAAUGGGAUGGGAUGGAUGGAAGGAUGGGUGGAUGGGAAGGGAUGGGGAGGAGGAUGA